AUGUGCGCGAACGCCCGGCGAAUGCUUCAAGCGGACCACCUGGCCAGAACAAUAGUCCACUGCACGGGACUUGGCAUGCCGACCUGCCGCGCGAUUCAGGAGCAUGAGCUCGCGCCGGCGUCCAGUCCUCUGUCGCGCAGCUCAGAUUGACGGCGCAGGGGUGGCCGUCGUACGCUCCCUGCGCAUCGGUCAGGAGUCCCUGCAGGGGCAACGGCUCGCCGACCGCAUCAAUCAGGAGACGCUCGUUCUCGCUGCGGUGCUCGCCUUCAUCGCGGGCUGGGCGCUCGACUCGCAAAAAGUGCUCAUGCUUGUGUACGGCGCGGGCGUGGCACUUGCUCUCGUGGCCUGCGUGCCGCCGUGGGAGAUGUACAACCGGCAUCCGACGCGCUGGCUGGAGCCGCGGGAGAGCGCAGAGAGCAAGAAGGACCUCUGAGCACAGCACACACCAAUGAGAGCCAGCUUCAGAUCAGACCCAGGGCAGUGAUCGUUUCGUUUGCAACAGCAGAAAAGGGUGGGCGUCACAGGCG